CGAAGCUGCCUCUUAAUGACGUCAACUGGCCAACAACAACAACAACAAAAUCAGUGCUGUCAAGGCCGUGAAGCGAGCUUCGUGCGUUUAUUUCAAAUGGCAAGUACGACAAGAAUAGGAAGCGACCACACCGGGGAAGCGGAGCCGGACGGUGAACGCCCAACGGAGGCUUGCGCCCAAGCUGCGGGGACAACGGAGGCGAUGAUGAGGCAAAACGUCCAGCAGUCCGCUAGUGGCCGACAGUUCGGAGGCAGGGAUCUGCUCAGCGGUAUUGCAGAGGUGAUUACCUGGAAGAGACCUCUGCGGAGCACAGCCGUCUUCUUAACUACCAAUGUAAUAUUCUGGUUUGUGGCCCUUGGAUCCUGGAGACUGUACUACACACUGGCUUUGAGCUUGAUAGCCUUAGUGAUGGUUCACAUGAUGAGAGACAUAAUGCUGUCCAGACGAAGAGGGAAGAACACAAUUGCGGCCUCUGCUCACUCUCGUUGGAGAACAAUAGGAGCCUACAUAUGGAGAAGUAUGAGUGAGAGCUGGGAAGUCAUUGACUCUAGCCAGGAGAGCAGGGAAGAGGCUAGCCAGUUCACAGACUCCUGGAUGAGCUGCAAGCUGCUACUCCAGGAAAUGUCCUAUUUCAAGCAGCAGAACCCUGGAAAGUUCUGCCUGCUGGCCUGCAGCUUGUGCUCCUUCUUUGCUGUCCUGGGACGAUACAUUCCGGGAAUCGUCAUUUCUUACAUCGCGGUGCUCGCAGUCUUCCUUUGGCCGCUGCUUUCAUCCCAUGAAUUUGGGUUGUGGGUGGAUUCAGUUCUGCAGAAACUGGAUUUCGGAGUCGGGGACUUCCUUCAGAGAAUCAGAAAGAAUCAUGAAAAAAGAAUUGCUCAGAGACAAGAGGAGAGCAGUGAUACUGACCUGUCUGCACUUUUCCCCAAGCUGGAUUCAUCCAUUUGCAAAGAGCUGUCUGUAUCUGACACCGAGGUGUCCCAGGCGACCUGGACGGAGAACACCUUUGAUCUGUCGGAGGGACACACCCCUGUCACUGAGGACUCAGAAGACCUGGAUCCCCCCAACGGUCAGGACGAGGCCUUCACCAGUCGGCUGGCGGAGUUCCCGUCGGUGGAGAACGGGACGUGGACAAACAGUGACGAGGAGGACCUGAGCCUGGGCCCCGUGGGCAACGGCCGGCCCCAGCAGGGGGCCCCAGGGUCCCUGGCGAUGGAGCUGAUGGACCGGAUGGCCGGGGAUGUGAUAGCGGCAGCGGUGACGGCGGCCAUCCAGGAGCAGCUCCUCCCCUCCGGCCCCCGCCCCUCCGCCUCGCAUCAGCCUCUGGACUUCACCGAGGACUCUGACAGUGAGGCGGAGGGCUUUGAGCUGCUGGACCAAUCGGAGCUGGAGCAGCUGCAAGGUGAGUUGGGCCUGGAGAGAGUGGCCCAGGAAGCCCCUCCCAAACCCUCGAAACCCUCCUUCUUCUCAAGACUGCUGGGCCGCCAAUGAUUACGAGGCUGUGGGCGGAGCCCUGGGAGUAGGUGGGGCCCUGCACUAGGAAGACUGUGAGGGUCAUCGGCUGGGGAGCCCAAUACAAAAUAUGGUAUUCCUUUCUUUCUUUCCAGUAGAACCCAAUCAUCCUGAAUCAAACUAUCAACAGAAGUGAUAGUCCUCGGAUGGAUGUGCAGGAGGGGUUACUUUGGACGUUGAUAACGUGAGCGUGUUUCUGGAAGAGUCUGUGACUUUAGCAAACUGCUACCCCCCCAACCUGUCUUGCUACAACACAACAGCACUGGAACAAGCAAGAGGGCUAACUAGUUAGCAUCACAGGUGCAACUGUCAAAGGACUGAGCUGUGUGCUUCCUGACCCACUGCCAAUCCUUCUGGUCUGUCACAACCUACGGCUAUCAGCUAAACCUGGCUGGCCCACACUACUCCACCAUGCCCUCAAACACAAAGACAAACAGCCAGACCUCAUUAAUGCCCCUUCGUGUUCGGAUAGGUAACAUGUAAAAUAGUCUUCUUCUGGGAAGGUCUGUGUGCAGAUUCAGACCGAUUCAUCACAAUACAUCACAACACAUCCAUGUUAGAAGCAUGAAAGGACUUUCCCAGUGAGGCCGAGGCUAUUGAAGAACCCUUCAUGUCUACUUUUUAAUUUUUUAUUGUAGCAUUACUUAAUUUUUCACACUGUAUUUUAAGGGCCUUUUCAGACAAUUAAUAUAUACAUGGGUACUUACGAAUAAGCUUUAAAUGUAUGAUAUCAAAUUAGAAAAUGCAUAGAAUCAUCAACAUUUUGGUUGUUUGUGCAGUCCUUUGGUGAAGGAAGUAAAAUGGCAAAAGAAUCAGAAAAAUAUUAAAAGUACAUUUUUAACACCGCAAUUAUUUCUGGUUUUAUUUGACCAAUUUGUGAUUUAUUAUAUACCUGUUUAUCAGUUCAUUACACAUUAUAAUUGCAUCAUGAUGAAGUAAUAUUGGAUACAAACCCUUUGUCUGCCAAACAAAAAUCUCUUAACCGUUAACUCUUUCUUCAAGCACUUCUUGUUUUGCUUCACUGAGAUGGUCUACUGUAGAUUUUUAAUGAAGUAAUAUCAAUGGGUAUUGCAUGGAUAAUCCUGUUUUAUGUGCCCACAUUGUGUAUUUUGUGCUUUUACCUCAACAUACACAUUUUUACAUAACAUAUGCACUUCAAAGAAAACUGAAAUUGAACUGACAUCUUAAUGUAAAUUAAAAGACAUUUGAUCCUGAUAGAAUCUCAAAAUGGCCCUAGCUAUGGCAGUCAUGGAUAUAUUGUUGACUGUAAUGACAAAUUGACAUUUUUAAUGUUUUUUUUUUAUUAAAUCAUACUUUCAGGGUGUCUGAUUUAUUUUCCCCGGGGUACAGACAUUUUAAGUGCAGUACAGGUAAAACCUUUCUGUAUUCAUGUUUUAGACAGGAUUGCAGGACAUGAAAAUGUUUUAGUUUUUUUAACAUCAGAAAUGUUUAAGAUUGAAAUCUAUAGUUCAAAUUGACAUUAGUAAUCACAUUCUGCAUUUACUGAACAUGUCUUUAAAUGCAUCUUCUGUCUUUAAGAAAAGAAAUUCAUUUCUAAAUACGUAUAUACAGUACUGUAUAUACCUGUACACCAAAGAAUGCCUUGUAAGUAAUCCUGCAAUCAUCUAGAUGACCACUGGAUGGAGUUAGAUGCUUGAUCCACCUCACAAGCAAUCCUUCCCCCACUAAAGUAGCACUCUGUAUUCUUUUCAUACCAAAAUCCAGAAUAGUCACUUUUUCUGUUUGCAACAUAUGGCAUAAUGUAGUAAUAUCCUGGAAUGUUUUCACUGAUUGACUGUAGCUUUUCUGUUAUCAUGUAUUCUGAUUUGAAAGAAUGUUCACAUUUGCAACACACCAAUAACAAGACCAAAUUAAAUCUAAUGUUCAUGUUUCAGGCAGGGAAAGCAGGGUACGAUAUUAAAAUGCGACAAGAAACGUACAUUUGAAGAGAACCACUGUUAAUGAGCUCCCAUUUCAAAAUGUAUUAUGUCCGUUUUUGAAGGGAUGUUGAUUGUUCUAGAUAUCAAGGGGUGCGGAUUUCAUGGUUGUUCAUUUGCAUUGAUUUACUCACAUUUAAAUACCGUAAAUUCCACCAACAUCACAAAAGCCAUCACCUAAAGUCAGUUUAAUAUAUGAGAUAUUCACAUGAUUUUAUGUCUCAAGAAUGCUGAUAAUUAUGUAAGUCACAAAAGUUAAAAAAGGAACAGAGGAACAUGAAAUAAGGAAGUGGUUGUCAUGGACAAAGUUGCAUUUUGAAUGUUUAGGAUUUGAACAUUAGCAAUAAACAUCAGUACAAUUAGUACAAACAUUGGUGUUGCUCAGCUUAUGUGGUAUACCAUAAGAUCUAUGCUAUCAAACUUAUUCUAAGAGAAAAGGCAAGGAAAUUGCUUUAAGGCCAAUGGAGGAUGGAAGUCAUGACUAUGUACUGGUAAAUGAUGAAUCCAGUUAGUAAUUAAUUCAAUCAAAACAUAUUUGUAUUAGGAAUUAUUGUAAUUCAGCAAACCAAAUUUCCCACUUAUAUUUUCAGUCAUGUACUAGCCAUGCACACAACAAAUUACGAUUCUUUGCAUACAUUAUCAAAAUGCAAAUUGCUUGAGCUAAUCGAUCACACAUAAAACCAGUAUAGUAUAUCAUUUCAUUUCAUAAAUAUGUGUGCAUGUGUACAAUUGAUAAACCCAUGAAAAUCAGCAUGAGAAUCACAGCGUGCUAAUUUUAAAGAGCCCAUUAUGUUUCAUAACCCACAGGGUUUAUGACAUUUAAAACUAUUACAUUGUGAAAAUAAUCUCUACAUUUGUUAUAUUUUUGUAUAUCUUCUAGUUAAUCUGUUAGCUUCUACCUCCUCUUAAAUCUGCCUUAUCAUAAAUGUUGGAUGUCCUACUGUACUUCACUGCAUACCAUUCUUUUUAAAGCAUUGUAAUCAAUUGAUUGUUUUACUGUCAAAUAAAAGGUCAAUCUUAUUAAA